AUGGCAAUCUGCGCUUCUUGUCGACUCGCGCUUCGGCGUACCAUGACCAUAAAUCCAAGCAAAAGCACAACAACUCGAUCAAUUACUACCAAAUCUCCCACCGCCGCCUCGAUUCUCCAGAAGCCUACCUGGUCUAUUCGGAGUCUUCUCCCCUCUUCUUCAUCUUCGGAAUCAGCUGAAAAGAUCACGCCUUCACAACUACACCAUCUCCUUCGCCUCUCAGCUCUACCACUUCCCACCACGUCCGCUGAUGAGGCCACCAUGAUCAACACUCUCCAAAGCCAACUGCAAUUCGUCCGUGCAGUGCAGCGCGUUGACACAACUGGUGUCGAGCCUCUGAGAGCAAUCCGCGACGAGACAUCAAAGGCUCGACAAGAGGUGACGAUUGAGCUUGCAGAUCUACAAGAGGCACUGAGCAAAGAGGUUCGCAUAGGCCAUUACCAGCGGCCAAGGAGAGUGAGGGAGAAGGCUGAGUCCAAUGCGGAGAAGUGGGAUGCUCUGAGUACAGCGAGCAAGACGGCGGGGAGAUACUUUGUGGUCGAAAGUGGAAAAAAGGAUAUUGAAGGCGCAGAGUGA